AUGAGUACCUCAACUGAGUGGCCUGCGGCGAAGGUCCGCCAAGCGUUCUUGGACUACUUCACACAAAAACAAGAUCACACAUACGUGCCUUCAUCGCUGGUGGUUCCUCACAACGACCCCACGUUGUUGUUUGCCAAUGCAGGCAUGAACCAAUACAAGCUGAUUUUCUUGGGUACUGUCGACCCCAACCUGGAUUUUGCUCUGCUCAAGAGAGCGGCAAAUUCACAAAAGUGUAUCCGGGCUGGUGGCAAGCACAACGAUUUAGAAGAUGUUGGGCGCGACUCUUACCACCAUACGUUUUUCGAAAUGUUGGGUAACUGGUCAUUUGGGGACUAUUUCAAGAAGGAAGCUAUCGCCUGGUCGUGGGAGUUGUUGACUGAAGUGUACGGUUUGGAGAAGGAUCGUUUGUACGUCACUUAUUUUGAAGGUGACGCUGCUCAAGGUCUUGAACCCGAUUUAGAAGCGAAGCAAUUGUGGUUAGACCAAGGUGUUGCAGAAGACCACAUAUUGCCAGGUGAUGCUAAAGACAAUUUUUGGGAAAUGGGCGACCAAGGUCCCUGUGGUCCUUGUUCUGAAAUCCACUACGACCGUAUUGGUGGACGCAAUGCGGCUCUGUUGGUUAAUAUGGACGACCCUAACGUCAUUGAAGUGUGGAAUCUUGUCUUUAUGCAAUAUAACCGUGAAUCGGACCGCUCGUUGCGCCCGUUACCCGCUAAGCAUAUCGACACUGGUAUGGGAUUCGAGAGAUUGGUGUCUAUUUUGCAAAACAAGUCGUCCAAUUACGACACUGACGUAUUCGGCCCUAUCUUUGCCAAGAUUCAAGAGAUUACUGGUAAGCGGCCCUACACUGGCAAAUUUGGCAGUGAUGACACGGACGGUAUCGAUACCGCUUAUCGGGUGAUUGCUGAUCAUGUCCGGACUCUCACCUUUGCCAUUUCGGAUGGUGGUGUCCCCAAUAACGAAGGCCGUGGUUAUGUUCUCAGAAGAAUUCUCCGUCGUGGGCUGAGAUACGUCCGCAAAUACAUGGACUACCCUAUUGGGCUGUUCUUCUCGCAAUUAGUGGAUGUCGUUAUUACUGAGAACAAGAGCAUUUUCCCUGAAAUUGAAAAGAACGCUGCCGAUCUCAAGGAAAUCUUGAAUGAGGAAGAAUUGUCGUUUUCAAAAACCCUUGAAAGGGGUGAAAAGUUGUUCGAACAAUACGCUAUUGUUGCUCUGAAAACUCCCGAGCAAACUUUGCUGGGAAAGGACGUGUGGCGUUUGUAUGACACUUAUGGGUUCCCCGUCGAUUUGACCCAAUUAAUGGCUGAGGAAGCUGGUUUGUCAAUUGACGAGAAAGGUUUUGAAUUGGCCAAAGAGGAAGCUAAGGAAGCCUCCAAGGGCUCCGGUAACAAACAAGCAACCACCUUGGUCAAGUUGGACGUGCACGCGUUGUCCGAGUUAGACUCCAAUGAGUCUAUCCCUAAAACCGAUGAUUCUUACAAAUAUGGCGUCGACAACACCAAAUCAACCGUGGUUGCCUUGUACAAUGGUUCUUCGUUUGUUGAUCAAAUCUCUGACCCAUCAGUUCAGUAUGGUAUUCUUUUAGACAAGACUCCAUUCUAUGCUGAGCAAGGGGGUCAAGAAUAUGACACUGGUUCGUUGGUUAUCGAUGGUAAGACUGAAUUUGUCGUCACUAACGUUCAAGUAUACGGUGGAUACGUUCUUCACACUGGUCAUCUUGUGGAGGGUUCUUUGGCUGUCAAGGAUGAUGUCAUCGCUCUGUACUCAGAAGAAAGAAGAUGGCCAAUUCGGAAUAAUCACACUGGUACCCAUGUUCUCAACUUCGCGUUGCGUGAGGUUCUUGGUGACGGCGUCGAUCAGAAAGGUUCGCUUGUGGCGCCUGAAAAGUUAAGAUUUGACUUCUCGCACAAGCAAGGAUUAUCGUCAGAGCAAUUGGAACAAGUAGAAUCCAUUUGCACCGAAUACAUCAGGUCGAACAAGGAAGUUUAUGCCAAAGAAGUUAGUCUCGAAGACGCCAAGGCCAUCAAUGGAUUGCGCGCUGUGUUUGGUGAAACUUAUCCCGACCCUGUACGGGUUGUAUCGGUGGGCGUCUCCGUUGAUGACUUGCUCGCCGAACCCACUAAACCUGAAUGGCACGAGGUGUCCAUUGAGUUCUGUGGUGGCACCCACGUGAAGUCAACUGGUGAAAUCAAAGAUCUCGUUAUCAUUGAGGAACUGGGCAUUGCUAAAGGUAUCCGUCGUAUUGUGGCCGUCACUGGCAACGAGGCUCAUGCCGUUCAACAAGUUGCUGCUGACUUUGAUGCCCAAUUGGAAGCCGCUUUCAAGUUGACUGGUACCGAAAAGGAAGCUAAAGCCAAAGAGUUGGGUGUUGCUCUCAAGAAACUCACGCUGUCAGUUUUGGCCAAGCAGAAGCUCAAUGCUAAGCAUGCUAAGUUAGACAAGCUGAUUAGAGAAGAGCUCAAAGCCAAGCAGAAAGAAGAACUGCAGAAGGUGAUGGAAGUUGUGAACAAAUGGUUGGAAGAUGCUGACGCGAAGCCGUAUUUUGUAGCUCAUAUCCCCAUCACUGCCAAUGCCAAGGCUAUUACAGAAGCUUUCAACGCUGUCAAGAAGAAGGAUGCUACCAAGCUGAUCUACUUGUUGACGGGCACUGAAAAAAUUGCCCAUGGUUGCUACAUCUCCGACGCUGCCAUUGCCAAGGGCGCCGACGCCACUGAAGUGGCUAAGGUUGCUACUAAACAUAUUGGCGGGAAGGCUGGUGGCAAGGGCAACACUGUUCAAGGUAUGGGAGACAAUCCUGAAGGGAUCGACGCCGCGGUUGCUGCCAUCGUCGAAGCGUUGGCUAAAGUUUUAUAA